CCUCCGUAGGUAAUAGAGGAAGAAGCUGCAAACAUUUCUGAUACACAUAUGUACAGCCUUAACACUCGUAUCGAUGGCAUUCCUCAGAUCGAUCUGAUGGGAAACUUCUGUGAUGCAUUGAAGCUUCUCGUAUCCAACUCAGGCCUACCCAGGCUAGCCUGAGUGAGGCGUGAGGAUGAGCGCUUAGGGGUUCCAUAUUAGAUUUGUGGCUUCACCAAAAUUGUCCAUCCAAGUCAGAAGAUCAAUCUAGUUAUGAAUAUAUCAUCAAUCACGUAUUUCUCCCCCUCAAGUUGCCACAAGGGAGUGACCAGUCCCUUGAGAACGACCUGGCCUUAUCUGAAGCAGUAUUCGAUGCUGCUAUCACGUUCAGUGACCAGCUACCGUCCGAUAAGCUGCGGCUUUGGACGAACAUCUUGAAAAUGCUCAACAAUCUUAAAGAUUCAAUCAGAUUCAGCGUCAUGUCUGCAGAAGAGGUCGAACAUCAAAUCAACACUAUGGAAACUGAAAAUGUACUUGUAUAUAUGAUUCGCGCGCAAAACGCUGCGGUUGUCAUGAGAAAACUCGAAUCCGAAACUAUAUUCGAGUCAUUUGAGGUCUCUCCUGACCCCACCGCAGUGAUGGGCGCAAAGGGAAAGCUGAUAUGUUCUUAUCCUGGACCUGCUAUCACGGUCCCAGAUAUGAACAUUGACAAUGCUACCUUUCCUGCCGAGCUGGCAAAUUUUCUCGUCCACAUGGAUGAAGAUGUCCUCGAUGCAGCAGCGACGAGGAAGAAGGCUAAAUCCAUUGUUCUCGAAGAGAGGGACACCACGCAUCCACGGUAUAUCACAGAGCUCCUGACCGGUAUAUUGCGUGGCCUCGGGAGCAUCGCUGAUGUUCCUCGCAUCCGCAAGCGCAUCGGAGAUGAUGUGCUGUGGGACAGCGCGAAGUUGCCAUGGAGGCGGUCUCCACUCUGGCUUGUAAUUCGCGUUGCCUUACAGACAACUCUGGAGCGCAGUGCUCUCGGACGAACGACGUAUAAGUCGUUCAUGCUGUUCUUCAUGACGAGGCUCACGACCCUCGCCCUCGACCAUGACUUAUCGAAUGACAUUCUACACUUCAUGUCAGCAAAGAUCGCGCGCCGUCUUUUCAAGCUUGGAUCCUCUUCAUCUCCAGAGUUGUCGCAGAUCGUCAGUAAGGUCACCGGUGAUGUAAGGAGUGUCCUGGAGGAAAGAUGGGGAUCUGUUCAGAAUGCACAACGGGCCUCGCCUCUUUGGGCUCCGGAGACCCUCCAAAUUUUGCGAGAUACCCAUCUUUCCUUGAACACGAGCCGAGAGUACAUCUGCCAAGCUUUACAGAACCAGCAUUCCUCCACCAAAUCAACCAUACCUAAUCCCAGCCAUCACAGGCGCGGGACAAUCGAUAAUUUCCUUGACGCUGAAGCUAGUUUCUUGGUAGCCGCUCAUGCCGCAGAACCGUCUCUAGCACUCGCAGACUUCGAGACCGCCGUUAGAUUAGGGAUCGAUGACUGGGUGACACGCAUUCCAUUCCAAAGUACCGAUUCCGCGUGUGUCUCGAUCGAGGCGUGCGCCUCUGCGUACUCCUCGAGAGCGCUUACGGCUUAUAAUGGAAACCCGGAGAAUUUGUCUAUCAUGCUUCUCACCCUUUUCGAGCUCUGGGUAGCGAUGGAUAAGAUCGUUGUUGGACAAAUCCCACUCCUGGCAGAAUACUCCCCCGAAAUCCCAUUGACGCUUUGGGAGUGUCUUUUGAUCCGCAAAGCUUCCGCCCUUGAUCGUUUGAAGACAUUGCACGGCUACCUGAAGGCUCGUCAUUGCCAAGCUUCCAGUCGUCUGUCGGCAUUCUCGUUUACCAAUGAUGACAAGUCGUUCGCGGCGCGGUAUUUUCAUCAAUCAUCCGAGCUGCAGAGUUUGAAGGUUCGCAUCGAGGCAGAAGCUCAGAACAAGCGGGAGAAGAAGUUGAUCGAGCUCCAGACCGCGAACCAGAGGUACGCAGACAAAGAGAAGCGUGCAGAAAGUUUAUUGCACACCUACGAGGUCUCCACUCACGGCAAGCCAACACAUAGCAAACUGAGAGACUGUCACAAGUGUCGCCUGGAAAAGGAGAUGAAAUCGAUGACUAUUGCGGUUCAUGAGUGGCCACUACCAGCCUGUGUAAAGGAGGCGAUUGCGGUGGUGUUUGAGCUAGGAUGCCCCAUCGCGUUGGAUAUGUGGAGAUCUACGACAUUUCAUAUCCUUGUUGACGUCUGCACUCCACAAGAAGAAAUCUUGCACACUAACGUCUUCAUGACGCUGCCGGACUAUGGUGCAUUGCAGCGUUAUCGCCAGUGCCAUCCAAGGCAAAGGCUCACUUUGGCGUCGGAUGCCAAGCCUUUCUCCAAGUGUCAUUACAACAACCCUCACAUUCCUGCGGUGGACACCAAAGUCUGUGUGAAUAACGGACUCCAAUUUCAGCCUUUCGACACACCUACAGGCGCAUGGGUGACAGAUGGACUGCUACGAUGCGACAUCACCAAGUCGUGCACUUUCCUUCUUCCGAAGGGACCAUAUAAUGGUAUGCAGCAGUACCUUGCGGGGACAUCCCACACAUCAAACGAGGUCGUGGCCAAUCAGGCGGAUUGUCACAAAGACGUAACCAUCCACGAAUUCGUGGCAUUUGGAGCCUUGCGGAGUGGACCACAUUUACAAUGGAUGAAUGUGCUUCGUGAACUCCGUGCAAGGACGCUCAAUUUUCGACGUGAGGAGGUCCAUCUACUGUUGGCCCAAGCUGUUUCACAGGUCGGCCCAUUUUCGUCCGAUGACGGCCUUAUCUGGCACGAGGAGUUGAACAGCAUGCCAUUUCUUAUUGCACUACUCGGAGAGCUGGAGGAUUUGAUGGCGAGCAUUGAAAGAAAUUGGUUGGAAGCUGUCACGAUCAGCACUACCAUCAUGCUUGUGUGGCGCAUCUUGUCCUCGACUCAGGAUGAGAGUGUUCAAAGUUGCGGAUAUUCGCUCCUUCGAAGGAUACGAACUGCGACUUUUACGUUGCUGACGCAACUAUCAGAGAAAAUGCAAGCCAGCAACGACGAGACCGUCAGCAGAGAUUUACAAGGGCGCGUUCGGGAUAUGGCAGUCACCUGUCGUAGCACUUUCGAUGGAGAUGGAGAUGCUUCACUGCUCCUAACGUCGCACGAUGACAUCAAGGUAUUUGUAUAUUGUGCGGUCAUGAUUCAUGACAACACUCCAAACGAACUCGACAAUCUUCCACAACAUUCCAAACUCCUGCUAGAGCGAGACAAGAGAUGUUGCCAUGCAUUAGAAUCCACUAUUCGCCAAUAUGCAGAGUUUCACAGGGAGGGUCUUGAUUUGGCGAUGGCCAAGAUUUGGGACAGCUACAGACCAGGAACUCCUUGGAGGGCACUGGCGGCUCCGAAUUCCCGUUGGCUCGUGGCGCAGACUGCGUCUUCGCAUUCCCAAUCACCACAGGACGUGCGCAUCAAUUUGAUUAGCGGAUGCUUGCUUGUCGAUGGGAAGCAGUUGGGAAGACUUCCUUCAACGAUAGUGCAACAUCCCACUUACCAAUCAAUUUUCAGCGAUCAAGUUCUGGACAUCGUUCCAGCUGAUAUCCGUGGAAUGGAAUAUGCAACACGCGGAAAUUUCUGUGACCAUCAGGUGUCUUUCGCUCUCCGUGACUCGAAUGAUCUCAUCAUCCGUGCGAAGCAUAUCAAACACGACUCACCUCUCCUCCAGCUCAUUCCAAGCCACAAAUUCGUGGAUGACCUACCGACAAUCUUGGUAGCAGGCCAUACUCAUUGGCUCAACCUGCACACAAAUGAAAUCGAGAUCCGCCCAGCAGAAAAUGCGUGGAAGUCAUUGUCUGAAAACUGGGUUUUGCAAUUUUCUGCUUCGGGUUGCUCAACGGCGCAGAAUUCCAAUGGUGCCACCCUUGUCGACAUACGCAGCCAAACGUGGGACAUGAUCUCUAGAAGGUUGCGUCCUCUGGAGGAUGCAAGCUUUAUCACGGUCACGUGUAACAAAACAUCCGGCAGCGCUCUCUCGUUGAGGGCUGAUUUACCUCGAUAUGGCCUCGAGUUCUUCAUCGACCAGGAUGGAGAACUGCAGUCCCGUAACAUGGGCAACAUGGUCGUUGAUAUCGUUCAAUCCACUGGAACGAUGUUGGGCUUGGUCAAUCAGCUCAUCUUGCGCCCGAAGUUGCAAAUUGCGGAUGAGCAUUCACGCACCGUCAUCAUCCCAGACGGUCGUAUCUUAUACUCCGCUGAUGGUCACCGUGUCCGCGUCACUAUCGCUCCUGAAGGUACUCGAACGACAUACCAGUUGUACAGGAUUGAUACAGAUCUAUGCUGCCUCACUGGGAACGUGGGUCUCACAAGUAAGCUCUAUCAGGUGCUCCUUCACGCUGUUACCAGCGGCUGUCUCCCUGAUCCCCUGACGGGUCGAACGGGGACAGAGGAGGCGUUGCAUCUCUUGCAUUCCGCAGCUUGCCGAUCGUUUAUGAAGCUUCGCCCUCGCGAUGUAGAUCUUUUGCGCGAGAUCAGUUCGCUGUCAACCAAGCGCGUCUGGUAUCCCACUCAUCUUCAGAAGAUGCAGACAAUUUCGUGGUCAUGCCUUGCGCCCCUUGCACAGCACCAUGGUUUUCAUCCAGCCGCGAAAUCUAUCAUGGAUUACGGAAUGAAACUUUCGACUUUCUCAGAAGGGUCUGCAAACCUUCAGGUUGCCUAUGAGCUUCCACGAUUCACCAACCAUCUUCUUGAGCGCGCUUCAGUUCGUGCCUCGACGAUCUAUCCUGAUCAGUUCUCUUUUCCACUUCCGCUCGGCGAUACAGAUGUUAUCUACGCUUCACGUCAUAUUCCCGACAAGGUCGCAGAAGAGAGAGUAUUUCAAAUCACCUUCAUGGUGCAUCAGUGGUCAUGCAAACUUCCAGUGCAACGGAAUCUCCUUGAUUUGUUGACUCAGUGGCAAAAUGUCCAGGGCAUUGGCGAGGCGCUCAGCUUGCAGUACUCAAAAGACUGGCUUCAACCAAGUUUACCUGAUGUCUUCCUUUCUGCGUACGAUUGCUGUCGUAGGGCUACGAAGAAAGACAUACCUCGACUGGUGUUCACCCUGGCUUCGUUAUCAUACAGCUUGUUGGAGAAUCAUGCACUCGUGCCAACACUCCUAGCUUUCGCUACAGUUUCCGAAAUUCGUUGCCUGGGAGGCCCACCGAAAUUCACGUCUUAUGAUCUCUCGGAUGGCUUCAUGCCAUCCGAUACGAGAUUGAACAAUAUCAUUGGUUCGCAUGCCAGAGAUUAUGAAGUCAGCGAGGAGAAAGAGCUAGCUGCAAGUCCUGGUGAAAAGAAAAAGGCUCUGGAGAAGCGUCGUCGUGCAGCUUUUAAAGACAGGUCUCUCUCUGAAAAACAAGUUAUUCUCAGCAAAGUUCAGGAUGGUUGGCCAUGUGAAAAUCCUCCGGCACUUGAUACGCUGCAAGUGAAGUAUUAUAAUCUCAUUGAUUUGCCAGCAAAACUGUCCCCGGUAUUUCGCAGCUGUUGGCGAAACCGUUGCCUGAAGCUACACCUGGAUAGCCUGCAGUGGACGCUCAAACGGGUCUACACGCCAGAUUUUCCUUCGAAACUACCGUCUCAAUAUGAUCUUAAUUCCUACCUCGAAGACUCGGAUAUUGCAUCACCGGCCUCAUCCGUUGAUGCGCAGUACCUAUUCAAUAGAGAUCCACCUGUGACAAGCAUGUGCGGGUCUUCCCAAGCUCUGCCUAAUGCCAAUCAGAGAGAUUUGGUAUCCCCAGACUCCCAAGUCGCAGCAGGGUUGCAACAGCUGAUGAACGACUUUCGCGCACAAGGAACUGACAAGUUUCACCGCAAAUACGCCGACGAUCUGGACCAGAGCAGGUCGAUUUACUGUGACGAAAAGAUCGUCGCCCCACCAGAUUCUACGCCAUACACGAUGGAACUACUGCUCGAGAAUCAUUUUCUCCAUAGCCGGCAAUUCCAAGACUCACUCGAAUCUUUCUCACACGCCCUCUCCCCCGCCUCUGCUGCUGAGAACACGCUAUAUAAUGCUGGAUUAUGGCCUCGAGUUACACCAAAUUUCCUUUUCACACGCAUGGCUUCUACAGCAGGAAAUCCUUUGGGGAAGGCUUGGCGUGCUGCUCUUAUCCAGCUGUCGCAGAUACUUUUGCAACUGCAACGCUCGCGAAGGCUGUUGGUCUCUGCUGCUAAGAAAAACUGGGUCGAGUUCUUCAAGGAGUUGGAUAGCGAAGAAUGCGAGGGAUUUGAUCCGGAGCUGUACCCUGAUUGGCUCUUAAUACAGAUUGAAAGUCAGUUUUUAGCACGGCCGGUCCAGGUCAAAGUCGCGCUAGAGAUGAUGUCACCAUGCACAGGGGGGAAUACUUCUCUCCAACUGAACAUGGGCGAAGGUAAAUCCUACGUCAUCGUUCCCCUCGCAGCAGCAGCACUCUCUGAUGGCCACAAACUGGUCCGAGUAAUCGUGCUAAAAUCGUUGUCGGCCCAGAUGUUCCAGCUCCUGGUCGAACGACUAAGCGGCCUUGCACGAAGGCGCAUUUUCUACAUCCCAUUCGCUCGCGCGUUCUCUAUCGACUCAUCGAAGGUGCAGAUGUAUCGUGACUUGAUGCAAGAGUGCAUGGAUGCCAAGGGCAUCCUGGUCGUCCAACCAGACCAUAUUCUGUCAUUCCAGCUGAUGGCUGUCGACCGUCAGCUGUCCCCUCAUAUUGAAGCUGCUGAAGAUAUGCUGCAGACUCAGCUAUGGCUCGACGAUCACACACGCGACAUCCUGGAUGAAAGCGAUGAAAUUCUGCACGUCCGCUACCAGAUGGUAUACACUGUGGGUCUCCAAAGGUCGCUUCAAGGACAUCCAGAAAGGUGGACAACAACACAACAAGUGUUGGGUCUUGUCGCGAAGCACGCCACUCGGCUCAUGAGCGAGUUUCCCUCUCAUUCAGAAGUGUCCAUUCGUGAGCACGGAGGGUUCCCCUUCGUUCGGAUUAUGUACCCGACAGCAGGUAACGCAUUAGUGCAAUGGAUCGCAGAGGAUGUCAUCAAUGGCACCCUUGAAAACAUAGGCUUCGAUCAAGCAUCUCCCCAUGUGAAAGAAGCUGUUUGCUGUUUUAUCGCAAAUGAGAACGUAUCCAACACUUGUGUCAGCAUAGUGGAGGAUCGCUAUAGAGACACUAUCGUCUGGCCCAGCCUUCUAGUCUUGCGAGGAUUGCUGGCGUAUGGUAUCUUGGUGCACACCAUUAAAGAACGCCGCUGGCGCGUGGACUAUGGCCUUGCCCCAAACCGAACAAUGCUAGCUGUUCCAUUUCGCGCAAAAGACAUGCCUUCGUUGCGGGCAGAGUUUGGCCAUCCGGACAUUGCUGUCACCCUCACAUGCCUAUCAUACUACUAUGCAGGUCUAACGCUCCAGCAACUGAUGCUGUGCUUCGAGCUCCUGCUGAAGCAGGAUGAUCCUGCCCUCGAGUAUGAAUCCUGGGUUGCUAGACUUCCGUCUGUCCCAGAAAGUCUGCGUCAGCUUAGCGGAAUCAAUACAGAAUCUGCAGAGCAGCUCCCUGACCUUCAACGACUGUUCAAAUUCAACAAGGCGGUCAUAGAUUUCUACAUGUCCCGAGUAGUUUUUCCCAAGGAAGCAAAGGCAUUCCCCAGCAAGCUCUCCUGCUCCGGGUGGGAUCUCGCUCAAGAGAAGAGACAUCCCACGACCGGCUUUUCUGGUACUAACGACAACCGCUAUCUUUUGCCAAGCUCAAUGGUGCAGCAUGAACUCGAUUACCAACGCAGCACGAAUGCCCGAGUCCUGGCGUUCCUUUUGAGCCCAGAAAACAACUGCUACAGACCCAUACCGCCUGGCCAGAAGAUGCGACAUUUCAUCGACACCUUGAUAGCACAAACCCCCGAGGUCCGCGUGCUCCUGGACGUUGGUGCGCAGAUGCUGGAACUGAAGAAUCAGGAAUUAGCCGAAACAUGGCUUCGAGCCAAGUGUGACGCCCAAGCUGCAGUCUUUGUGAACGAUGACGACGAAAUUGUUGUCGUUAGUCGGGAUGGGACAGUGGAAUCCCUUGUGUCGUCUCCCUUCGCCCAACAGCUCGACCAGUGUGUGAUAUAUCUUGAUGACGCGCAUACAAGAGGAACGGAUGUCAAGCUGCCUUCUGGCUUCCGAGCUGCUGUCACGCUUGGUCCGAAAGUCACGAAAGACCGCCUGAUGCAAGGAUGCAUGCGAAUGCGGAAGUUGGGCAAUGGUCACUCGGUGAUGUUCUUCGCUCCGACGGAAGUUGACCGAAGCAUUCGUUUGGCGACUCAGAAGGCUGAUGCAGAUCGUGUCGAAGUUGCGGAUAUUUUGCACUGGUCAAUGCUCGAAACCUGUCUUGAUAUUCAGAUGCGUGCAUUCCACUGGGUUCGACAGGGAUCAGAUUUCAACGCCCGGCAUUCUGCAUGGGCUCAAUUCUCGCGCGCGCCUACCACUUCGAUUUCCACCCUGAAAACAGCCUGGUUGCAGCCAGAGGAGCGUUCAUUAGAGGAUAUGUACGCACCACACAGUCCUUCACAGGUGUCCCAUAUUUGGGAUGCAGACAUUCGAAGCAAGUGCGAGGAGCUCGGAGUUCUAACAGGACCCGAAAGGAGCAUGGAUGAGGAACAAGAAAGGGAGGUAGUCCACGAGGUAGAGAGAGAACGUGAGGUGCAAAGGCCGUCCAAAGUGCAACCCGCAGCUCAGGACUUGCAUGCGCAUGUCCGUCAAUUUGUCAAGACUGGCCGAAUUCACAAAGGGUCCCCCGUUUUCAUUCCAGCGCUAUCCAGCCUCAUCAACACCACUGCCAAAUUUCAUGAAGAUCAUCACUGGGCACGCAACGUUUUAGUCACCCGUGACUUCGCUCGUACGGUGGGGACUACCCUUACCACACAGAAAGUGGAUGAAUACCUGCGGCCUGUCAAUUGGAUCGUGCUCAGUAACGUUGGAGUGCUGGUAGUCAUGAGUCCGCACGAAGUGGAUGCACUGCUGCCUGAUAUCCGCAACAGCAACGCAGUUCAAUUAUGUCUCUAUACUCCUCGGACCACGCGCACGAUGAAGGCAUGCGAUGAUCUUCGACUGUACCGUGUUCCUUCGACCCCACAUCUGACGCCAUCGGAACUGCAGAUUUGCCAGCUCAACCUUUUUGCGGGUCAACUGUAUUUCUCCAGUUACGAGAUGUAUCUCUGCACUUGCAAUUUUUUAGGGCUCAACGCGCUGGAUUUGGGGGACGAGGACUUGAUAGCCGACAGUGAUGGAUUCAUCAGGGAGGAGAACCGCUCUUCUGCGAGAGCAUUGUGUUUGUUCAAGCGGUCCCAGCUUCCUCCGCUGAAGGAGUUGUUCGAAAUGAGAAGGAAAGGUAUGGGGUAUCUGCCGACUCACCUCGGAAAGAUGUUCAAUGGGCGCAUUAUGACCGAGGGGGAUUUUCUGGACUGAGUGCUAGGCCUGUUUAGUCGAUUGUGCUAACAAUGGUCUUCAUCGUGAUUAGUAAUUUUGUAACGUUCUUCGUGAAUGUAUUUGUAGUGGAUCUGAAACGUUAUGCGUCUUGCUGCGUCAUGUCAAUUAGAAUGCUUGGGUAUUUAUGGUUAUCCAACCGUGUAGUUGAAAGACAGAUAUGCCUGAUGCAUUAGCCUUAGCUGCGGAGUCAUACAGUUCUUCGCCGAUCAGUCAUUACUCGUACAAUACAGCCCGUGCCGGCAGUCUGUGAGCUUCUCAUGCCACCCCAAGAGCACGCUGCUGCUCACAUCACCCCAGCCCGGCAUCCCCAUACC